GGGUCGCUCCAUGUGGGGGCCAGGACACCCGUCGCCCCAUCCCCUUUUGGUUAUGUUUUGAUGUAUUUAUUUUUAAAGCAAUAUUAAUAACAAUGGCCGGUUUUGGUGGUGUUUUGCUUCGCUUUGCAGCGACACCGAGAACCGCGCCCCCCCCCCCCGGCUCUGCGGGGAGGGAGCGGGAGCCCCGCGCUGCCUAGCAACGGGGCCGCGCUACCGGCAACCGGCCCGGCGGCGGCGACGGGACCGGGACCGGGGCCGGGGCCGGGACCGGGGCCGGCCGUGAGGAGAGCGUCCCCUGCGUAGCGAGAUGGCCACGCUGAGUGUAAAGCCGGGGCAGCGGUUCACCGUGCCAGACUGGCACACCAACUCCCACCUCAUCUCUGCCGACGCCGAACGCCAGCGCUCUGCUUCCCACCAAGUCCGGCAGGAAGCGCGAACUCUCCGCAACGAAACCAACAACCAGGCGAAAUGGGAUGAGCACGACAACCGAACCCGCCUGGCUGAGCGUAUCAGGAGCGUGAACAGAUGGAAAGAGACCCUGGACAAAUGCCUCGCAGAUGUAGAUGCGGAAAUCGACGCCUUAGCCAAAGUGAAGGAGGCAGCAGAACGUGCCCUCCAGGCAAAGAACCUGCCUUUAGACGUUGCCGUUGAGUGCCUGACGCUCCGGGAGAGCCGCCGCGCCAUCGAUGUGGUGAGGGACCCUGUGGAGGAGGAGCUGCACAAGGAGGUGAAGUUGAUAGACAAAGCCAAGAGAGAGCUGCAGCAGAAAGCGAGUGAAGCCUUCGAACAGCUCUGCCUCUUACAAGAAGCUCGCCAGCAGCUGAGCAGUGACCACCAGUGCAAGAUGGAAGCGUUGGAAUUGGAUCGUAUGUGCUUAUCCCUCAGCGUAAACUCUCCCAACAUCUCCUUCAAGGUCAACCCAACUCGGGUCCCAAACGGAUCAACUACGGUUGAGGAGUGGGAGCAGAACAGCCAGAGCAACAAGGAGCGUGCUGAGGCAGAAAUGAAAACCUCUGCUGAGCUCCGAGAAGCCACAGUGCUUGCCAUUGCCCAGACAAACAACGAGCUGGAGGCUCAGCGUGUAGCUACAGAGUUUGCCUUGCGCAAGAGGAUUAGAGACCUGGAAAAAGCCUACGAUGAACUGAAAUGGCAGGAGCAGAACACCUUGGAGGAAAUUGCUGAGAUGGAGGAGGAGAUCCGACGCCUGGAGGAAGAGCUUCGGAGGAAGAUGCAGGAUCUGAAAGUGGCGCACACCCGCCUGGAGACCCGCACCUAUCGGCCCCGUGUAGACCUCUGUCGGGAUCAGGUCCAGUACGGGCUAACGGAUGAGGUGCACCAGCUGGAGGGAACAAUCCGUGCGCUCAAACAGAAGCUGGCAGAGUCACAGGAUUCAUUGGAUGCUCUUUACCGACAACUUCACCGCAUCCGGACAGAUCUUGGCUACAAAACAAAUUCCCUGGUAUUGGACAACAAGUGCAUGGACACCCGGAAGAAGCUCCUGGUCCCCUCUGAGAGGUUUCUGCCCGAGGCCGAGACUUUCCCCCGGGCCACAACCCGUGUGCUCUCCGCGAGGACGAACGGGCAGCAGGAGCUGGUGAAAGAGAGAGCUGCUGACUCCGUUCCGUAGCGAGGGAGGCGGACAUCUGUGUCGUGUUAGGAGAAUGGAAUUCUGCUCCCUCCUCCUAGUUUAUUAUAUAACUGUCUGUGCCCCCCAUCCCUGUAUGAUGCUCCCGGGAGCGUUACAAACAAUAAAAAGAGUCUGUCCCCAAGACGACUUGCCAUCUGAC